CCCCUUCAGCGGGGCUGGUCUCCGGCCGGGCACCGUCGCGGGCCCCCCUGGCCCGGCCACCUGGGACUGAGCUGGGGAGUCGGCCACCUCCCUCCCUCCCUCCCCGGGCCCGCAAAGUUUGUGGCGAGGCCGGCGCCGGGGCAGAGCGCGCCCCCGGGGGGGAGAUCCGGAGCGUCAGAUGCCGGGCGGCAGGAGCCGUUGACCCGGGACGCCGCCGUCCGGGGCAGGGGCGCGGAGCAGCCGACCACCCCCCCGCCUCCGGUGCAUGGGGGCCGGCUGAGGAGCCAGCAUGGGCAACUGCGUGGGGAGACAGCGCGGGGAGAGGCCAGCCGCCCCGGGACACCCCCGCAAGCGAGCAGGCCGCAAUGAGCCCCUGAAGAAGGAGCGACUCAAAUGGAAGAGCGACUACCCCAUGACCGACGGGCAGCUGCGGAGCAAGCGAGAUGAGUUCUGGGACACAGCCCCCGCCUUCGAGGGCCGCAAGGAGAUCUGGGAUGCCCUCAAGGCAGCCGCCUACGCUGCUGAAGCCAACGACCACGAGCUGGCACAGGCCAUCCUGGACGGAGCCAGCAUCACCCUGCCUCAUGGUACCCUCUGUGAAUGCUACGACGAGCUGGGCAACCGCUACCAGCUGCCCAUCUACUGCCUGUCACCGCCCGUGAACCUGCUGCUGGAGCGCAUGGAGGAGGAGAGCCCGGAGCCCCCGGAGCCCACCCCCAGUGUGCGCCGCGAGUUCCCGCUGAAAGUGCGCCUCUCCACGGGCAAGGACGUGAGGCUCAGCGCCAGCCUGCCCGACACAGUGGGGCAGCUAAAGAGGCAGCUGCACAGCCAGGAGGGCAUCGAGCCCUCCUGGCAGCGAUGGUUCUUCUCCGGGAAGCUGCUCACAGACCGCACACGGCUCCAGGAAACCAAGAUCCAGAAAGAUUUUGUCAUCCAGGUCAUCAUCAACCAGCCCCCGCCACCCCAGGACUGACGGGUGCACGGACUCCUGGGAGGAGAGGCUCCGGCCCGGAGCACUAAGCCCCGACCCUGCUGCUGCCUUUGAGUGCUGUGAUUUUUCCUGAGGGUGCCUCCCUGCUGUAGGGCUGCUGGGUGAGCGAGAAGGGACCCUGCCUCCCGGGGGCACGUGGGCCAUCAGUGCCUGGCGCCCAGGGUGCAGGACUGCUGCACAUGGGCCUUGCCAACCUUGUCAGAGAGAAGGCUGUGCGGGGCCUGCCACCCCGCCUGUCUCCCGCAGCAGGCGUGAGCCACCAGGGCAGCCUGGAGGCCUCGGAGCCCAGAGCCGUCAUCUGCUGCCGCCAGCCGUGCUCACUCCAGUUUUCUGCUCAGGGUCUGACGCAGCUGCUGUCUCCCUCCUCUGCCCCGGACAUGGUGCCAGUCCCCUGGAGGGGAGGGAACCACCGGGGAGCCUGAGGCGGGCCUCUGCCUCUCCUGGCCCCAGCACAAUUGGCAGAGGGGAGGCGGGUGGCUGGGCUUCGCGGCAGGGUCUGCACAGGGCUGUCUCCUCGCUGUAGCCCAAGCGCUGGGGGAUCUGCAGCCUGCUCGUGGCCCCCACGGCAGGUCCUGUCACAGACAAAUCUGCAUAUUUAUCAAUAAAGCCUUUUGCU